AUGUCCACCAUCGGAACCCUCUACCAGCAAUCCAUGCUGAGACACCCCUACGGCUAUGCAUUAUACGAGCCUGAGUCGACAAAGACGCUCAAGCCCGGAUCCUGCGGCUAUCUGACCGAGCUAGGCCAAUGGACGCCCCUGAUCGGAGAGGACCAAGCGCCCAUCAACCUGGGCGACUCGUCGUCUCUCAGCCGCAAUGGGCUUAAGCCAUUCGAGCAAUUCUACCGCGCACCAACUGACAAAAGAGCAUGGGGCCCAAAGGUGUGCGGGCAAGUCAAGCAGCGUAAGCUAGAGCUCGACAUCGGCGCGGGGCUCAUCCCAGCGGGCAUUCCAGCCGACGUGGGCGCGCUGUACCGCCCGGUGACGAAAGAGUUUGUGUACGGCGCGACUGCGUUCCGCGUGUGGUGCAAGGAGAACUCGCGGAUGAUUCUGCGGCAGUGGCCGGAUGUAAGAGAGCGGGGGCUGGUGAUUGUUACAUCGACGUAUUCGACAGAUUUUGCGAUGCUAAAUGCGUGGACGGACACCGCGAAGGAGCUUUCUGUUGGGUUUCGCGCGGGCGUGGUGGGAAUUGGUGAACUGGGACCGUCGUGUACUUGGUAUACGGCGAAUGGGGAGAGUGGCUGGGUGUCUGUUGCGGCGGGGGAGGCGGACGAGAAGAAAGUUGUUUUCUUCGGGGGGCUGUGUUUCAGGUAUAGAAGAUUGGGGGCAAUCCUGCCUUCGUCCCAUGCGUUUAGUGCGUUUCCUGUCGAGAAGGCGAAGUUCCGGGCUGGUGAUCCUGAUGCGAAGGAGUUCCAGACUGUUGAUGAGGGGGAAGAUGGAGCAUAUGAGGUGAUGGUGACUGCAGAGGAGCAUGGCGAGAUGAUCAAUUUACCUGGGAGUAACGAGGGGAAUGAUGAGUAUGAUGACUUUUGACGGCCUCUAGUCUGAUAGCGUAAAUGGAAUAUGAGGCAACGGAGAAAGCAUUUGGAUGGAGUAGGGAUAUGAAAUUUUGAUCAGUAUCAAGAAGAUAUAGAUGAAAUAGAGCCAACAAGCACAAAAGCCACAAU